AUGCAAUUCAAAUCUGCUCUCGCUCUAAGUAUUGCGGCAUUACAAGCCGUUCCGGCUCUGGCCAUGGAAGAUGGCUGCUCCGCUUCCAUAUUAAAGUACGAUGCAAAUGGAGGACAGGAAACCUACUACGGUAGCGCGUUGCCGGCAAAUGGCUCCAUUGCCUUCCAGCCUACAGAGUUUAGCACUGAAGUUGUCAUUUCCGUUGAUGCAAACUGCAAUCCUACAAAUACCGACGACGUCAAGAAGAGCGUUCCGAAAGGCUGGGGGCUCCAUGUUUACAAGAAAGUCACCGCGAUAGCAGGAGAGAGUUGA